AUGCAGUCUGGCACAAUCCGCUUUGGCUUUACAGACCUGGUUGUGCCUUGUGGUUUUAAUUCCAAUGAGCUCGGAAGACAGGUUGCGGCCGAGUGGAUAAGAACUGUAUUUUACGAUACUAUUACUCAUGAUAAAAGCAAAGGCACUGGCGGCCUCGAUGCCUCAAUCAUGUUCGAAACACACCGCGGCGAGAACAAUGGGGCGGCCUUCAACCAUACUUUGUCCGAACUACCCGAGUUCGUUUCUCCUCGGUUCAGCGGCGCUGAUAUGCUGGCUUUGAGUCUCGUAUCAUCCGUUCCUGGCUGCGGCGGACAAAAAGUGCCCCUCCGUAUGGGUCGCAUCGACGCUGCCAGAGCGGGACAGACUGGCGUGCCAAAGCCUGAGCAUAAUCUCAAAAGUGCCAUGACAGCAUUUACGAAAGCUGGUUUUACGCAGGAGGAGAUGAUAGCUUUGGUGGCUUGCGGUCACACUCUUGGAGGCGUGCAUAGUACUGAAAACCCUCGAAUCGCAGGAGGAAAGCCGUCUCCGUCAAACAAGCCCAAUGUUGACAGUACUUCCGCUAACUUCGAUAAUGUUGUUGUAAAAGAGUAUCUUGGUAGCAGUGGCGUGAACCCACUUGUGUUUGGUCGAAAUGAGACCACGAACUCUGGUAAGCGCAUCUUUGGUUCUGACAGGAAUGUUACUAUGGCCAAAAUGAAGGACCCCAAAACUUUUCAGCGUUCCUGUGCAACUGUCUUUGAGCGUCUCAUUUACACUGUCCCUUCCGCUGUCAAGCCGAGUGCGCCCAUCGAACUCAUUGAUAUCAAGCCCUAUAUCACCAAGCUCAAACCCUCUGGGAAGCAGUCGGGCGUUACCCUGGAGGGUAGGAUUCGAGUUCGUACAAGUUAA